UAUUGGCAAAGAGAGAGAAAUGGGGAUUCGUUUUCUCAGGUUGCAGGAAAAUGCCAGCUUCUUUCUAGUGAAGUAAUAAGGGAAGAGGACCUUGUUUGUUUCCAGUUAGGGGAAAAAGUGUGUGUCACACUUAAUCCUUAUUUUACCUCUUCUAAAAGCCCAAGAUAUUUUUUCUUUAAAAAAUUCUCCCAAUCAUUCAACUCUUAAACGGGAGAGCUGGGAUUCCAACCAGGCACAGCUAACUCCAAAAGUCAUGCCAGAUAGGGAAGAGUUUCCUGGAAUGAACUCAUUUGCUCCUCAAGCUGCUUUGCGUGGCCCUUUGCAUCUACCUCCUACCAAUUUCAUCCCUGGCUCUUGUCAAUACUCACAGAAAUUGAAAGAAAUUGUGUCCUUCAGACACAAACCUCCUUGCUCUUUCUUGUUUCAAUUCUCUACCUGGAACACAUUUCCCUAGCACCUUCCUUGAGUCUUUUUGAAGGUGUAAUUCUUUUAGUCUGCCAAAUUUUUAACCAAAUGGCGUUUGAUAUGGCUGAUUCCUAACACCUGGGCACUGAAAUGACAACCUGAAGAUCUCCUUGUUUCAAUAUGCAUUUUGGUGACUACUGUGUCUGUAGUGGCUGUUUUGAUACAUUCAAUCUAUGUGAGGUGCUGUGGCACCGUGCUGAGCGGGAAUGUGGUUUUGCUCGUGGGUUGGAGAGCCAGUUGGCAGAAGUUUAGGUGUUUUCAGACAACUACCUACCUCAGUCUGUGUUUCUGGACAUUAGAUAAGAAAACGUGAGCUAAGCAGAGGUAAGGGUGGGGGUCCGAAAGCGACGGAAGCUGCAGCUGGAAGUGGGCGAGGGGAGAGCCGGCGCGGACUCCGACGUCACUGUGGCGCGCCGCUUCCGGUCUCCAGCGCCAAAGCGAAUGACUUCCCCCUCUGUGGGGCCGGAGCGGGGCUUGCUGCGACCCCACGGAGCCCGCGAUCGUGCUUCCCCAGCCAGCGAAUCCGCCAGCACCAGCGUCCCACCGGCGCCUGGGACCAUGGCCACCGACUCAUGGGCCCUGGCGGUGGAUGAACAGGAGGCAGCGGCCGAGUCGUUGAGCAACUUGCAUCUUAAGGAAGAGAAAAUCAAACCAGAUGCCAAUGGUGCUGUUGUCAAGACCAAUGCUAAUUCAGAGAAGGCAGAUGAAGAAGAGAAAGAAGACAGAGCUGCCCAGUCUUUACUCAACAAGCUGAUCAGAAGCAACCUUGUUGAUAACACGAACCAAGUGGAAGUCCUGCAGCGGGACCCAAAUUCCCCGCUCUACUCUGUGAAGUCCUUUGAGGAGCUUCGGCUGAAACCACAGCUUCUCCAGGGAGUCUAUGCCAUGGGCUUCAACCGUCCAUCCAAGAUACAAGAGAAUGCAUUGCCUUUGAUGCUUGCUGAGCCCCCACAGAACUUAAUUGCCCAGUCUCAGUCUGGCACUGGUAAAACAGCUGCCUUCGUGUUGGCCAUGCUCAGCCAAGUAGAACCUGCAAAUAGAUACCCCCAGUGUCUGUGCCUCUCCCCAACUUAUGAGCUCGCCCUGCAAACAGGAAAAGUGAUUGAACAGAUGGGCAAAUUUUACCCUGAACUGAAGCUAGCUUAUGCUGUCCGAGGCAAUAAAUUGGAAAGAGGUCAGAAGAUCAGUGAACACAUUGUCAUUGGCACCCCUGGGACUGUUCUGGACUGGUGCUCCAAGCUCAAGUUCAUUGACCCUAAGAAGAUCAAGGUGUUUGUUCUGGAUGAGGCUGACGUGAUGAUAGCUACUCAGGGCCACCAAGACCAGAGCAUCCGCAUCCAGAGGAUGCUGCCCAGGAACUGCCAGAUGCUGCUUUUCUCUGCCACCUUUGAAGACUCUGUAUGGAAAUUUGCCCAGAAAGUGGUCCCAGACCCAAACAUUAUCAAACUGAAGCGUGAGGAGGAGACGUUGGACACCAUCAAGCAGUAUUACGUCCUGUGCAAUAACAGAGAUGAGAAGUUCCAGGCCUUGUGUAACCUCUACGGGGCCAUCACCAUUGCUCAGGCCAUGAUCUUCUGCCACACCCGCAAAACGGCUAGUUGGCUGGCAGCAGAGCUCUCCAAAGAAGGCCACCAGGUGGCUCUGCUGAGCGGCGAGAUGAUGGUGGAGCAGAGGGCUGCGGUGAUCGAGCGCUUCCGAGAGGGCAAAGAGAAGGUGCUGGUGACCACCAACGUGUGUGCCCGCGGUAUUGAUGUUGAACAGGUAUCUGUCUCUCAUACACAGCAUGUAGGAUUUCAGGCCUGUCGCCUUUGCAAGCAGGGACUUGGCCCCUCUUCAUCAACUUGUAGAUUUCAGGGGUCUACAGGUUUUUCUUGGUCUUAGGCAUAGAUGUCAGGU